AUGACGAGUUUAUUGAUGCCAGGAAAAAGUGCGAUGACGUCGGGUCUUGUCGUUGGUGGAGGUACGUUUGUCAUAACGUAUUUAAUGAGACUUAGAAACGAAGUAUCAUCCUUGGAAAAUGAAACGGACGAACUCGAAGACGAGAACGAACGACUUCGGAUCGAAAAUAAAAUUUUAAAAGAACGAUAAGAAAAAAAAUAUUUUUAUUUCUUUUUCUAAGAAAUAAAAGAAUAUCUGAUACAACCAAAAAAGAACUCGUCCAGGAUUUAUACGACGCUGCGCUUUUAACGACCGGAGUCGUUGGAAUUUCGUACAUGGCAAAAACAAUUGCGGGGAAAAGUUUGGGGGCACCGAUGACGUUAGAAGGUGCGAUGAAAUUGGGUGUGGCCGUGGCGGGAAGUUCCUUUGCCGUGGCCUAUCUCAAAGACAAAGGUUACGUUCCCAAAACAAUCGGUAAAUAAAUGACAACCAAUUUAGUAGUCGGUGGAUUAUUCAAUGCGGUCGCAUUUGCAGGCGCGGGAUUUUUAUUUUCCCAUUUAAAUCAAAACGGAUACAAGGAAGAAGUGAAAAGACAUAAUCACGCGUUGGAAGAAUUAGCGGCGGCCAAAGAUAAAUUUUACGAAUCCGAAGUGAAAAGACGGAACGACGAAUUACGACGACGGCAGGAAAUUUUAGAUGCGAAUCACGAUAUCGAAGAGACGAAUAAAGCGUUGGAUGUAUUAAGAAAUUAUAAUCGCCCACAGGAUCUAAAUGCAUUGGAUCGUAAACCGAAAUUCGAAGAUUAUUAUCAACCGUCGGACGAAAUGCAAAAAUAUAUGUACGUGACCGUUGGAAUUCUAGGGGUGGGAAGCGGAUACGUCUCGACGCGAAUUUUUUAA